AUGUUCAAGGUCCUGGCGCUGGCCAUUGGUCUAGCCCAGGGCCUUGGGAACUCGAGCCAAGGCGCUCACCUUGGGACGAUCGGAAAUGUGGCCCGCCACAGGCCGUGUCACCCGAAGCCUCUUUGUUUGCACCUGGUGGAUGGAUUGACCAACCUGAGCGACAAAUCCCAGGCGCUAGCUCGUAGCGGGCCUUCCGAGCCGGUGCUGAUCUUCCUGGAGAGUCCCACGUUGGUCUCGCAGAUUGUGGUGCACUGCCACCAGCACGGACGUCCAGGUGUCGGGCGCAACCUGUCCAUCAUGAUCUGGGAGCAACUUCCAGGAGAAUCUCGCCGUCCGGGCCCGCCAACAAAGCGCUGGUCCUGGGAUCCAACCCGGCAUGUGAACGCCUCAGACGGCUUCGCGGUCAUCGUGCCGCUGCAGCACAUUGCCCGGGCUGUGGCUGUGCAGUGGGAUGCGCCAGUGCAAGCACUCGGCGCUCGCGUGGAGGUUGAGGAGGAGGUGUGGAUUUCAGAGGUUCUGGUCAUUGGGAAACAGAAGAAAGAAGGCGUGCCGAUGAAGAAAGCUCAGCUUCGUACGGACCGGCGUGCCUCCUCUCAGUCACCAACAGGCAUAGGUUCAGUCUCCAUUGUUCAAGAGGCUGAGCUGCCCAGCACAGCUUUCACCACUUCCGUGCAGAUGCAUGCCAUGCCAGAUAGUGUUACGAACGAUUGGGAAACGAAGAAUUCUACCAUCCCGCAUUUCCCAGAGGCUCAUGCCUUCCUAAGUCCAUGGCCGCAAGACCGGCGGUCAGACCUGGGCAUCAAAACCGGCUUCGGAGCCUUGCUGGCAGCAGUGAUUCUGAUCCUCAAGUUCAAGCAGAACGCCUUCAAGGUGUGCAGGGCCAACGACUUGGAGUACAACUACGACCCCCUGCCGGCAGAGGUCAGGGACUGGCCCAACAUCUUGGGCGCCCAGGAAAGGCGGGAAGAGGAAAGGAGACACGAGGAGAGGGUCCACCAAGAGAGCCAAACGGAGGGCGGGCUAGGGAUGGCACCGGCCUUGGCUCGCAGCCGGAGUCGCAGCCUCGAACGUACGGCCUCGGAGCCGGAGCCAGAGCUGGAGCUGGACCCAGGGGCCUCCAACUCUUCCGCAGAUCAUUCCGAGGAGGAGACGUCGCAGUCCACGCAGUCCACGCUGUCCCUCGGGAUCCCACGCGGCUCCUCCCGCGCCUCGAGCUCCACCGAGUCCGAGGCAUCCGUCGCGCCCUCCGCGCCCGCGCACGUCGCGGCCUCGGCCUCCGAGGUGAUCAUGCUCUAUGCAUCCCCGCUGGCCUUCCGGGACGGGCGCGGCAUGACUCCACUGCCUCAAAUCCCGGUAGAGAAGGAGUGGGACACCUUGACGGCAGCCUACAAUGAGGCAUGCCAGGUACUUUGCCGGUCCGCCGCUUCGCCCAGUGUCUCAAUCAGCGCUCAACCCUUGACUGCUGGCAAUCUGCAGCGAGCCAUUACUACCUGGCAUCCCGGCGUGCUGCACCUAUCUGCACAUGGGGUUCAAGAUUGCCUAGUGCUUGAAGAUGGGGGAGGAACUGCGCACUUCUUCAGUUGUGAGAUGCUGCAUGGCAUGUUGGAGUUGGCGGGCAGCUUGCGACUGGUGCUGCUGAAUGCGUGCUCCUUGUCCUCCAUGGGGUCUCAGUUUACCGCGGCCGGCGUGCCUCACGUGAUUUGCUCCUCUGCGGACCUCAAGGAUUCGGCUUCUCACGUGUUCCUCCGCAGCUUCUACCUCAAUUUGUUUCAGGGGACUAGCGUGCAACGCGCCUUCAAUGAGGCCGUGCUGGCCCUGCGCAGUCACUCCGAACGAUCUUUGCAAGCCGCCAGCCAUCACUUCUGCUUGCUCCCCGAAGGGCCGCACGAGGAAGUCUUGUUCCCUCCGAAGCGGGGUGACGAGUCGCCGGACGCGAGCCAGAGUGAUGAUGGCGGCCGCUCCCGACGCCGGCGGCGCAGGCCAAGGCGAGGAAAAGCCCAGGCUGGCAUGGCCUUGUGCUGCAAGUUGCCACCCCUGCCAGAGGACUUCUUGGGCCGCGAGUUGGAUGUUUGGUCGGUGCUGCAGCAAUUGAAUCAACGGCGAGCUGUAGUUGUGUGUGCAGCUCCUGGGCAUGACUUCGGGAUUGGCAAGACCGUGAUCCUGGAUGCGGUUCACAGGGCCUUCACUCUUUUAGGCCACAGCUGCGUGGCGGUGCCGCUACGGUCGCUGAGCCAGGCUUCCUGGGCAGGCCACUGGAUCGAGAAGGCCAAUGUGGCCAUUCGACUUGCCAUGCGAGAGUGCAGUGCCAGGUCAACAGGCGGCUUUCGGCGGCGCCGAGUGCAGGGCACACCUAGAACGGGAUUUCAUCCACUCUCUGAUCCUCAAGCUGCAGCUUGCCUCUUGGACGACUUGGUGGAAGACAUGCUGGCGUUCGCAGACCUGUGCGAUGCCCGGCCGGACGCCAGCCGGAUCCUGCUGUUGCUGGAUGAGUGCGACCAUUUGGUGCAGCAGCAGGCCUUCCAGGACGCGCUCGCCGUUUUGCUGCAACGAUGCUCUUCUUACAGCAUUGUGUUAAGCACGCAUCAGCCAAUGGUGCCAGCAGGGGCCAGUAAUUUCAAGGUGGUGCAGCACAGAGUGCAGGGCCUUGGGCCCCGUGACUCGGCGCGGCUCUUGCUGCGGCGCGCCCCACGGCCCCUGCGCUGGGGAGAAGUGCUGCCAGAUGCUUUUGAUCCGUCAAGCCUUGUGGUCCUCAACAAGGCGAAUGAGUCGGAGGUGUUAGAUGCCGUGGCGUCCCAGGCGCAUGUUGCUGCCCUCAAGGGCAACCCUCGCAGGCUUAUUGAGCUUGCCAAUAAUUUAGAGUCCUUGUCUGAGAACUAG